AUGGCACCCUUUAAAGCUCAGUAUGGGAAAAAGUGUCGUACUCUAUUGUAUUGGGAUAAGGUAGGUGAGCGGCGUAUCCUUGGGCCGGAAUUGAUCCAAGCAACCUGUGAGAAGGUGGAUUUGAUCCGCGAGCGGAUUAAAGCUGCCCAGUCUAGGCAGAAGGGCUACACGGACCAAAGGCGAAAGGAUCUGGAGUUCCUUAUCGGUGAUAAGGUAUUUCUCAAAGUGUCGCCUACCAAAGGCGUGAUGCGGUUCAGCAAGAAGGGCAAGCUAAGCCCGAGAUAUAUUGGACCUUCUGAGAUUCUUGCAAAGAUUGGACCGGUGGCUUAUUGGUUGGCGCUUCAACCAUCUUUGGAUGGCGUGCAUGAUGUCUUCCACGUAUCUAUGUUGCGGAAGUAUGUGCAUGACCCCAGUCAUGUCCUAUCUCAGGAACCACCAGAGUUGGCAGCAGAUAUGUCUUAUAAGGAACAGCUUGAGAAGAUUUUGGACAAUUCUGCUACCGUGUAUGCUGGCAAGUUGUUUUCGCUUGUGGUCAAACCUAGCCAUAAGAUCAUUGAGCAGUUCACAGGCCUGCCUGUUGAGGAGAGGUUCCUUAAUCCGCAGUAG